AUAUUCUUCCGACGUCACUGUCUCGUUGCUCAUUUUUUGAGGAACUCCAAAAAAGUCAAUUACGUUCUAUUUAUGGAUUCCGACAUAGGAGUUGUGAAUCCGAAAAGACGAAUAGAGGAUUUCAUUGAUCCGAAGAUGGAAAUAAUAUUCUAUGAUCGUUUCUUCAACUGGGAGGUUGCCGCUGGAUCAUACCUAGUAAGAAAUUCCAACUGGUCACAGGCCUUUCUACAAGGAAAGCUUCUUUUUUCGAGAUACGUAAUAAGGACUUCACUUUACACAGUGUUAUUUAGCAAGUUAAUGAAUGUUUCGCAGACUAUGAAUAUCGACUACCAAAAAGCUUCCAUGGAAACGACAAUGGUGCGCUUCAUGUAA